AUGACUCACUCUAAGCGCACACAUGCAGGGGCUACCGUGGAUGCGAAGACCUUCGCUACCGGGAAGGACUCCACCUCAGCGGAUGUCGUGGUCGAUGACACCUCGUUCCCACAACUCCCCGUCUCCGAGGAGGUUCGUGGCAGCCCUAAAAAGCAUGCCAAGAAGGAUGAGAAGCACGCCGCCUCUCCCCGGACUCCCAAGAGAAAGGACGACACCACGAUCCCGCACAAGCAUCAUAAGAAGGAUGACGAUUCGAAGCAGGAGACCGUCGUCGUCCCAGAGACCAACGAGGAGGAAGCGGUGGUGCAGGACACAGAGAAGGACGCUGUCACCCGACGGGCUCGACGGGAGGAAGCGACUGCGGAGGAGACCACGGAGGACGUGACCGCGGAAGACCUGGUCGCUGAGGAGGCCCGGAAGGACGAGACGACUGACGAAAAGGGCGAGCUGCUGGAGGUGCCUUCCACGUACACCGCCAUGACCGUGGACCGCGCCGCCAUCGAGAACAGCGGAGAUCCGGCGGAGCCCGGUGCCAUCGCCAAUCAGGUGGACGGCGUCCCCAACGUGCAAGCCGUGGCUUACGACCAGCAAGACGGCAUCACAAAGGCCACCAACGUCACCCUGCCGCCCGGUUCUCUGCCGGACAUCGUCCCGGGUGUGCCCAACGUGCCCCUCACCUCUCUGCUUGGGACCAACACCACCCAGGAUCUGGGGGCCAUCCCCCUGCCGGAUAUCAUCCCCGGCGUGCCCAACGUUCCCGCUAUUGUGGUGACCAAUCCGGACGCGGAGCCCGAUAAGCAGGAUACUCGAGGAACCAACGUGGCUGCUACCGCGCAGAUCCAGCCCAGCGACGUAGAACUCAAACAGAUGCCUCGUUUCGCACAGCACAGCGGGAGGCGAGCGCAAGCCCUCACGGGAGGGAUUCCCGUCUUCAUGUCCGGCCUCUCCAAUCUGGAGGAGGAUCUCUCGGAACUAUCCAGGAUCGAGGUGAAUGCGAACGCGCUGAAAAAGGCGGUGAACGGACUCGUCAAGAAGUUGGUGAUCAGGAUGGUGAAACUACAAGCGCGCUCGGAGAGCCACGCGUGCUUCUGUUGCAAGAGGGUUCCUCAGAAGACGAUAGAUGAGAUAUUAGAUGUACUCGUCGACGUGAGCGCUUGCUACAGCUGGCAGUGUAGGAACAUCGACAGGUGCAUCUCCCGGCUCUGUAUAGCGUACGAGUGCACUACUUCCGUCGCCGACGUCUUUAGAAACUGCGGGUUCAAGGAGGGACGGAGCCUGGAUCACAUAAGCGAGAACAUCAUACGGAGCGAAAUCAUCACGCAACUCCGGACGACCAGGCUAGCGGUACAUCGGGUCAUGCAGACCAUGACGGACGUGUGCGAGAAACUCGUGGAGAAGUGA